UUUUACUUCUUUUAAUUAUGACAUUUCGCCAUGGAUUUCCACAUUCGCCCACAGCCCUAGCAUAUGACUCUGUGCAAAAAUUAUUAGUAAUUGGUGACAAAUCUGGAUCACUUAGAAUACUUGGACGCCCAGGUGUAGAUCUUCAUGUAAGACAUGAAGGUGAUUCAGCAUGUGCAGUUAUAACAAUAGAAUUUUUAGUGAAUGAAGGUGCUUUAGUUACUGCCACUGCAGAUGAUACAUUACAUUUAUGGAACUUUCGACAAAAAUUUCCACAAGUAGUACAAAGUUUAAAAUUUCAAAGAGAAAGGAUUACCUGUAUACAUUUGCCUAUCGGAAGUAAAUGGUUAUAUGUUGGUACCGAAAAAGGAAAUAUCCAUGUUGUACAUAUAGAAACAUUCGCUCUUAGCGGAUAUGUGAUUAAUUGGAAUAAAGCAAUUGAAGUUACUAGAACAACACAUCCUGGUGCUGUGGUCGGAUUAUGUGAUAAUCCAUUAGAUGCCAAUAAACUUUUAAUUGCAUUUGAAAGUGGUCAAAUAGUACUAUGGGAUAUGAGAGGAAAAACAGCUGAAAUGCGUUGGCACUCUGCUGAACCAUUAAGGUCUAUUGCAUGGCAUCAUGAAGGAAAGCAUUUUGUGUCAUCACACACGGAUGGGUCUUUAUGUACAUGGCCAUUAAGACCAUCUCCAAAACCACAGUUCCAUAGCUUUCCUCACGCAAAACCAAAUAAAGAUGGCAAAGUGGAGGCUUGUAAACCAAUUCAUAAAGUGGAUUUAAGGACGGCUAGAUCUGGUGAUACUUUUACAAUUUUUUCUGGCGGGUUGUCAAUGGAAAAAGGUGGAAAGUCGCCAUGUAUAACAGUAUUAAAUGGUAGAUCUACUACAGUUUUAGAAAUGGAACAUCCAGUGGUGGAUUUUGUAACAAUGUGUGAAACUCCUUGGCCAAGUGAUAUGCAAGAACCAUACGCAAUAGCCGUGUUAUUACAAAAUGAUUUAGUUAUAAUAGAUUUAUUAACACCCGGUUUUCCCUGUUUUGAAUCGCCUUAUCCUAUGGAUUUACAUGAAUCACCUGUUACAUGCUGCACAUAUUUAGCCGAUUGUCAAUCAGAUUUAGUUCCAGCUUUUUAUUCGGUUGGUCGCACAUCAACUAGUCGUAAAACGGGCUUCUCUGAUCGUGAAUGGCCUGUAUCAGGCGGUGAAUGGUCACCAGCAUCUUGUAGUUAUUCUGAAAUUGUUAUAACCGGCCAUCAAGAUGGCUCCGUAAAAUUUUGGGAUGCUAGUGCCGGUUCAUUGCAAGUUUUAUAUAAAUUAAGAACUGGAAAACUUUUUGAAAGGCCACGAGCCCGUUCAGUUGAUAGUAGCGACGAGGAUCCAUUAGCUGUACAUAUUGUUUGCUUAUGUGCUGAAACUAGAAGGUUGUGUAUUGCUGGUGCUAGUGGUCAUGUGAUUUUAUUUAAAUUUAAAAAAACUGAGAGUUCAUCAGAAAUUUUGGUAUUGGAAAUACCAAUAUCAUAUGAAAGUUUCGAAGAAGGUGAUGUUAGCCCGGAGUGUGAAUUUGUACCACGAGCAGCCCCAAAAGUCCCGGAUGCCAUUGAUAAUGAAAAAAAGAAUGAUGGUAUGCUAAAGGUUAGACCCGGACCACAAAGAAAACCUCCGGGUUUUCAAGCACAACUAGUAUGUUUGACGCCUUGGACAACGGGUAGCCAUCCAGGGCAAAUAACAUCACUAUCAAUUAAUUCUAGUUAUGGACUAAUGGCCUAUGGCAAUGAAUAUGGUAUUGCUGUUGUUGAUAUUAUACAAAAAGUUUGUCUUCUAAAUGUGGCUAGUCCCGAUUUAUAUGGGGCUCAAGAUCCUUACUCAAGGGUACCCAAGAGCCCAAAACGUAGUGAUAAUAACAAAGACGAGCAAGCUCGUUCUCCUAGCAUAGAUCAGUUUGACAACUUAUUAUCAGCAAGCCCACAAAAAGUGCCCCUUACAACACAAACAUCUGUUACAACAACAGCUACGAACUCAUCGACAAAUGUAACAAGUGUUACUUCUUUGCAACCGUCCUCUUCCUCAAUAAUACCUCAAUUAGAGACAAUAGCUGCAACACCAAUAGAGAAUCCCGUAGAUCCCUCAACCAGCGGAAUAUGUGUGCUUUCAACAUCACCUCCUUUACAAUUUCAAGGUGUGACCUCACCUCGCCCAGUGUCACCUGCUGCGGAAGUAUUUGAAACGGUUACUCCUCAAUAUAGUCCUUGCGCUGAAGAACAAUUAGAUGACCAGCCAGCUGUUGGGCAAUGUCGUCGGAAGUCUUCAGUUUGGAAAAACAUCAAUUUAAAACGUCGUUUUUCUAAGGUAAAAACAUGUAAGGCUGUAUCUACAGAAUCUCCGGUAGGAUUUCCAAUUAAACAAGCCGGUGGGUCCAAAUUUUACUAUGGAGUAGUGGAAGGAACGCCACUGUCACCAAUUGAAAUAUCGCCAGAUACACCACCGAAAUCACCAAGUAGCCAGCCAAAGUGUGAGUCACCAACCCCAAUUCAAACCCCAACUGAAAGUGACCUAGAUAAAGUAGAUUAUUUGUUUGAUCUAGAAAAUGAAAACAGUUUAGCUCAAUUAGAAGUUAAGCCCGAUCAAUCGUUAGAAACAACUUUAGAGCAACAACAUCAAACAAAAACAGCAACGAAUAGUAGUUCAGAUACAUCGGAAGCAACCAGCUUAACGCCAUCACAGUCAAAUUCCGACCAAAAUAUUGCGCAAAAUAUCACUAUUCAACAAAAAAUUAUUCCUGGGUCAGUGCAAUGUCAACAGGCAGCAAAAAUUCGUGGUAAAAAGGAACGAACAAUGUCACAACCAUAUUUUUCAAAACGAUAUGAAUAUGGAGAAGAACAUCAAGUUCUUGCUAAGUCAAUUUCAAAUACCGAAGGUUCCAAAUUAUCUCGGCCAUCUGAUUUACCAUUAUUUGAUCAAUACGGUGAGGGAAAUGAGUAUAACAACAAACCAUCAGUCCCGCCUCGUAUAAAAAAAAAAGAUAAGCGUGAACAACGUUUGAGAUCGGUGCCAAAUAUUAAAUAUGCUGUUAGAGACUUACGCGGGCGUACUGAAAAACAAGAUCCAACAUCUUCAUUCGCGGGAAAUUUAAUGAGAAGACUCAAUAAAUUGGAUAGCUCUUUUUCAAGAUCACGUUCAUCAUCAAUGUCUAGUUUAGAAAAUAUUUCAUCAGAGGCUGUCACAUGCUUAGCAUUCAGCGAUAGUUAUACAAAGAAAAGUGAUCCUAGUCUAUUAACGCCUACUUUAUGGGUUGGCACGAGUUUAGGUUCGGUUCUUACAGUUUCUAUAUCUUUACCGGAUGCUGACUGUCGAAACGCUCAACCAGUGCUUGUAUCAAUUUUGGGCGGACCAAUUUUCAGACUGAAAGGGUCAAUUUUAGCAAUGUCAUUUUUAGAUUGUAACGGAGCUUUAAUACCUUAUACAUCUGAUCCUUGGAAGGAAGAAGUCAAGCGGGAUAGGACACCAACAAAAAAUCCAAAUCGCAUGAGUCCAACUUUAGGUGCUAGUGGUGCACCUAGUGGAUUAGCAACAAGUACGGCUUGUGGCUCUGAUAAUUCAUCGGGCGAUAGACAAUUUAUAGUGAUUGCUAGUGAAAAACAAGCUAGAGUUGUAGCUUUACCUAGUCAAAAUUGUGUGUACAGGUUGCAAAUAACAGAAACUGAUUUUGUUGUUAAAGCCGAAAUCGUCAGUAUGAGAGAGAGUGUUUGCUUAGCGGCGUAUUUAUCAAAUGGUCAUAUAAUGGCGUUUAGUCUUCCUAGCUUAAGGCCGCUAUUAGAUUGUGAUUUUUUACCACUUAUUGACUUAAGCUUUCAGACAAAAUGUAAGCAAGGAAUUGUAGAUCCAAUGCUUUCAAUAUGGGGCCAGCAACUAAUUGUGCACGAGGAUACUAAUCAGAUUUCAAAAACAUUCUGCUUUAGUAAUAAAGGACAUGGACUAUAUCUUGCAACACCCACCGAAAUUCAAAAAUUUACAAUUUGUUCGGAAUUCUGUCAAUUCUAUAAUGAUAAUAUGAUGGGUGAACUAUUCGCAGCACAUGAAAUGCCUGAACCACCAAAGGAAAGUUUCUUCAAAGGAUUAUUUGGUGGUGGUAUCAGAUCGCUUGAUCGUGAAGAAUUAUUUGGCGAUCUAGCUGGAAAAGCAAAUCGUUCUGUUGCUAAGCAUAUACCAGGCUCAAAUCUUGAACAAUUAGGUCAAAGAGCAAGUACCGCAACAUCUGAAAUUAGUCGUGCACAUCAGUUAGCAAUGGAACGUGGUGAAAAAUUGAAUUUGUUGGAAGAAAGGGCUGAACGUAUGUCAAGCGCAGCACAAGAUUUCAGUGGUACAGCGCAUUCAUUAAUGCUAAAGUAUAAAGAUAAAAAAUGGUAUCAAUUGUAAAAAAAUAAAACAAAUAAUAGCAUAGUUAUAAUUCUAUACACAUAUUAUGUAUAUAAUAAUAUUUGUGAAAUUUCUUUUUGAUUUUUUUUUAAGAAAAAUCUUGUUUUCAUUUAUAUAUAGUCAAAUGUGAAACAUCUAACUAAUGUAAAAUACAUACAAAAACGCAUUAUAUAUUAGCAAACAGAAAAUUUAUUUAAUACAAUGUAAUAAUAUAUAUAAUUAAUAAGAUCAAACUGAAAAAAGCGUAACAAAAUAUUUUUCGAGUCAAAAAUUAAUAUAAAGAAACACAAUUAUAAAAUUACAAUUAAUAUAACAUAUAUUUUUACAAAAUAAUAUUGAACAAUAAAACAGAAAAUUACUGUCUUAUAUUUACGCAACUAUUUCAGAACAUAAAGUUAAUUAAAUUAUUGUUUUAGUAUUUUUUUGAAUUUUUAACGUUAUUUAUUGUUAUAUUUAUUGUAAAACUUUUGUUAAGUAGAAAAUAUAUUCAAUACACAAUUUCAAAAUACUAUUUUAAAUAUUUUCGUUAAAACUUUAACCGAAAAUUACGUGAAGGAAUCUUAGGGGAGAUAAAUUUUAUUUUUAUAUAAAAUUUUAUUUUUAAGAUUUGAGGCAUGCCAAAACAAAUAUUUACUUGUAUGAUGCAGAUUUUUGAAGUUGUUUCUAUAUAUCUUAAAAUUAAGCUAACCUUUUACAAAUUCUAACAAUUAAACUAAAAUAGAAAUUUCAAAAAUGUAAAAAUAGAAUUAUAAACAAUUAUAAAAGCAGAAUUUAUGUGUUUAAAAUUUGUGUACAAAAUCAGUUUUACAUUAUUUUCGUGCAGACUUUGCUUCCAAAUAUUUUAUUUAUCGAAUUUAGAUAAUUUACUAUAAAGUACCAAAUAAGAUAAACGCACAUUAAUUAUCAUUUAACAUUUUAUAAUUUUAUGUGCAUUCCCUUAUCAUCAAAUUUUUGUUUGAUUUGUUUGAUUUUAAGUAUAUGAAUAUUCACUUACUAAAAAUUACAUUAUCAAAUUUUUAUGCUAAAAGUAAUCUCAUAUGCAUGUUUUUAUUUUAAUCGGUUCUAAAGUGGAGGUACAAGAGUGCUGAAGCAAACUGAACUCAUCUUUCUAAAAAUAGCUCAUCUCCGCUUCUUUAUUAAAGUAAUCGGUUUUUUUUUGUAACUUCGGUAAUUGUCUGUAUUUUUUUAUUUAUCUCAUGUUUUUUCAAAAUGAUUAAAAUUUGCUUUUGGUACAUUGGUACAUACUGUGUCCGAUAUCUCGUUCAAAAAUAGAUUUGCUGAUCAAUGUGAUAUUUUUUGAUUG